AUUUAGGACUGUAAACAACUAUUUUGAGUUUACAACAGAUUCAAAUUUUAAAUUUUUUCCGACAUUUUUCGCUUUCGCAAAAAACAAAUUCUAAAUUAUGGAGACCUACGGCAUGCCAGCUCCCGAUGAUCCAACAAUUGAUUGCUAUCAACAAUAUGUGCAGCAAACUGGUUAUCGUCAUGAAAAGGAUUUGUAUCCUUCUUCACCUGUAGGUGGAGCCAAUCCUUACGAUAACAAUGAGAAUGAAUGGAAUCAAGGAGCGUGCAGCAGCUAUCAAAACUCUGCUCCAGCUGCCUACAGUGGGCGCGGCUAUCAACAGCCAGAGCAGUCACAAAUGUAUUCGCGCAAUGGACUCUACUCUCCCAUGGAGAAGCGUUCAGCUGGUGGCGAUUGUUACUACAAAUCUCUGUCUGGUCUUGGCAACAAUUAUCCGCGCAAUGGACUCUACUCCCCCAUGGAAACACGUUCAGCUGGCGGAGACUACUAUGCUUCAUUGCCCGGUCUUGGCAAGUACGAACGCCAGCCACGAAAGCGGCAUCUUUGGUCUUAGCCUAUUCAAUUUUCACAUAUUUGUAUUCCUAUUUGUUUUGGCACUUUAAAUUCUUCUCUAAAUGGAAAUUCAAUAAAUUAUUGUAGCAUUAUAUAA